AUGGCCAAUGACAAUGGCAAUGAGACGCAGGGCCGCAACCAAUCCUUCCUCUUCAUCAACAAGACCUCUACGACCCUGGCGAAGAACCCGGAGGAGAGCUUCACCAUCUCCUCUCACGUCUCCAAGACCCACCGGAGAUGGUUGAAGGAGGAACGGCUGCGGAAGCUCAAUGCAUCAAGUGGCAAGGCUGUGGUUCAACGAUCCAUCCUCCCAGCAAAGGCUCAGACCCAAGCCGUCGGUCCUGCGAGUCUAGCGCCACCCGAGUUCUACACAUCUGCAAGAACUGUCGUCAGCUCCGACCAGCCGCAAGGUAGCAGGAGUGCCUCAGGGGCGUUGGAAUCCGGUCCAGUAACCGCGCGACCAAGCGCCUGGACCAGCCGCUAUUCCGAGCACAGCCGGCCUGUUUACCAAUUCGAGGACAGCCAAGCCACUGAUGACCAAGGGCAAGGGCAUCCAGUAAAGGAAAGGAGGAGGCACGGCCGGGCAGGCAAUAGGCCUUCCCUGGCUCCCUUUAGAGGCAAUUCCGAUCCGUUCUCAGCUGCUGCUCUGCCCCUGGCGGCCAAAGACCACGAGAUCCUUCGUCAAGCACAGCGGUUUUUCGUAUUCGUAGCUUCCCCAGACAACCGAAGCGCCGUCUGGAGGGCCCCAAUCGCCGAUUUCUCCAGCUCGCAUAUCCGGCUCCGACAGACCAUUGGCGACGAAGCCGAAGUGCAUGCCGUGCUGGCCGCUGGCUACGCGGUGACUGCAAAAGGUUCCAAGCAUGACUACACGAGAUCUCUUGCCCGGGGCUUGUAUCAUAAAACCAAAGCCGUGGAGCUGCUUCGCGACCGGCUCAUGAAGCAUGGCUUUUCACAAAGUGUCACCACCUUGAUUCGUCUCCUCAUCUCUCUCGACUUCGAAGCAUCCGACAAUGAAGCCGCCCUCAUCCACCUGCGCGGGCUCUGGGCCAUGGCAGCCACCACGCCGGGCAUUCUGAUAGACGCGCAGGAGCUGCUCCGCGUCAGCGACGCGUGGAUCUCGAUAUCGCUGCUGAAGAAGCCCGAGAUCUCUCCCACCCGCUACGACCCCGAAGGCCGCCUGUCGCAGCCCUUUGGGGAACUGCUCGAUGCUCUGGAGCGCGAGCACGGCAUCGUUGCACACAAGCCGAGUAUGGUCAGCAGGCACGCCAAGUCCGCCUUUGAUGACCAAAUGUGGUCCCGGCUGGACGCUGCGCAAGAGAUCGUCAGCACCAAAGCUGUCAUGGACAAGAUCGAUGACUCCGACCUCCUGCACGAGGUCAUCAUGUGGAUGAACAAACGAAGCAGCGCAGUCACAGGGUAUUGCACGUCCGGAUAUGUCGACAACACCGAGGAAGCCGCCUGUACUCAAGGAGCCGAAAGUGUGGCAAGGACGCUGAUGGCGGCGGCGUCCCUGUGCGCGAUGAUGUUUAUGAACUUCCAAUUCCUCGACCUGGCCACCAACUACAACUUCAGCAAGACGUGCCAGAAGAUCGAGGAAGUCCUGCGAGGCGUGUCGAAGCGUGUCGAGCACGCAAGGUGCACCGAGCAAUACACCGACUAUUUAUGGCUGCUGUUCCUCACGGCCAUGGGCAACGACGUCUUCAGCGCAAGAGGCGACAUCCCGUACUCACCUUGGCCGGUGACGGAGUUUCACCGGAUCCGUGACCGUCUGAAGUUUGCUGACCGAAACGACGUGGUUGCAGCGCUCCACGCGUAUCCACACCACGCGAAGACGGAUGUCUUCCUCCUUGAGCUACUUGGCAAUGGGCAUGCCAAGUCGCCCACCACGCACAUCGUCCCGUGGUCGAGGUGGCGUGGUAUCCUCAACCAUGCCUGA